AUGCGUCUGAGCUACGCCAUCGUGACCGCUGUCCUUUCAAGCAGCAGCACUGCGUCGGGAGAAGUGGGCCCCAAGCCACUGCAAUUUCCAGCUGCGCGUUCAAUUGACGCUGCUCUCUGGAGUGACAAGGGUGAGCUGGACGUCACUGAGACUGAUGACGAAGAGAGGGGUCUUGAGUUUUUGAAGAAGAUCAAGAUGAACACUGCCAAGUGGGCCAAGGCGAAGAUGACGAACCACAACUUGCGACGCGCGGAGAAACUUGCUGCCAGGGAGAAGAAGUUCCAAGAGGAUAUCGGUCUGCUGGAGAGAUUGCAGAAUAACCAAUUCAAGGAGUGGAACCAAAACGGAUGGGGCUUCGACCAGGCAAGAGCAUUCUUGAAGAGGGAAGGGUUCCCCGACAACGCUAUCGACGGCAUCUUGUACUGGUACAAGCCACCCAAGAAAUAA